UGGGUUCGCUUUUAUGGUGCUCCGUCUAAGGCAGUUAAUGAUUUUACUGUGGCUUGGAGUUUUGGCUCUCUAAUUGGUAAAACGGAGCAAGUGGAUAUGGUGUUCACUCGGGCUAAUGGGGCGAUUCGGUUGUUAGUGAGUGUUCUAGAUAGUGCACUGAUUCUGGAGGAAGUACUUUGGAUUUUCGAGGGUAAGAGAUUUACCCUACGUCUUGAGAUUGAGAUUCCAUCGGCAGCCGUUCACACAGCGGUGGACCCUGACAUUGACAUGCCGGACAUGGACGGGGAUUCCGGUGCUGGUAAUGCAGAUAAGGGACAGUUUCCUUCUCAGCCUCAUACUGCUUCUGGGUCGGCUGCACUGGAUUCGAAGGAGGGGGAGACUGAGCCGGCAGCAGGGGGGGUGUGACUCCAGGGGCUCAGCUACGCUUUGGUUCAUUCCUGCCAGACACGGUGCCGGUUAGACUCGGCGAUUCACAGAUGAAGAGGUCCUUUGGGAAGCAAGCUGCUGGGGCAUCGGCGCAACCUUCCUCCCCGGCUGUGGGUCUACAGCUGAUUUCUCUGGAUCGUUACCUGCUGCAGGUCAGACAGGAGGAUGAUAGGACAACACUGUCUGUGCCGAGUAUGGGGUCAGUGCAGGAGGUUUCUGGAUUUUCUAGUAUAUCCACCCAGGCAGGGACUAUGGUCGCCGAUUCUCCGGCGGCUCCGCUGAUGGAGACACCUCAUACCUUUAUCUCUGAGGAAGCGGUCAUACAGUUUGGGGGUAUUCCAGAUCCUGUGACGUCGGACCGGAGGGUUAGCGACCGGAUUCAGAACCAGCCAGAUGCGGAUGAUUGGCAGAUGGAUCGGGCGUCUAGGAUUGCAAAAUUGAAGGAUGCUGAAUCGUCAACAGGUUAUCUACCGAAUUACCGCACUGAUCCGCACAUGGUCGUUACUAACUCCUGUGGCAGCCAGGGAGCUUAUGGUUACUGGGUGUGCCCGCUAGGAGAUGGUAGCACAGGGUAUCUUCAACCGGUUUGGAUGGCGGCAUAUUAAUAGGAUAGGUGUUUAGUCAUCUUCAUCUUUUAGCCAUUCCAGGCUGCGGCGCGAUGUUCGCCAUGUAUCUCUUUUUCCCUUUUUUUACUCUGUACUUACUGGAUACUUAUUUUGAUUAAUAUAUGGCUGUAUGCAUCACUCGAUGCAGAGGCCGGGGCAAGGCCUCCUUUUCG